AUGACAGACCCUAUCGACGAAAAUCUAUUAGUACAGAAAGUGUCACAAGACUAUGAGUGCCCAAUAUGUAUGAGUGUACCACACCCCUCACAUGCCAUUGAACACUCACAAUGCGGAAAAAUCUUUUGUGAGAAGUGUAUCUUUGUGUGGUGGGAAUUCCAACACAAAUGUGUGUGCCCAUAUUGCAGAGGUGAUUUCACUGAUUUCCAAACAGUGAAGAAACACAGCAGAGCGCUGUACAACAUUUUGAUGGAACAAAAAUUCAGGUGCCCGGUUUCUGGAUGUUCUGAAAUUAUUAGCUUCAACGAGUACAUCAAACACAUGAAAAAACACAACAACAAUCUCGAGACACUUCCGGAGAGCGUAAGCGAUAAGUGGACGACGGUAUACCCCGAAGACCAGUCCACAGAAGAGAUAUUCGAAAAACCGUUUAUUGUAAAAUGGUUUAACGAGAAUAACCCAUGGGAGCUCCUGAUAUUCCCCGAUGGGCUGAACGAAAGCAACCGCGACGAUAUCGCAGUUUUUGUUGGGACAACAAACGACGUGCGUUCGCGCGCAGUCGUCUCGAUCGAAAUCAAACAAGGAGAGUUUUAUCACAAGAAAAUCGCGAAGCACAGCUUCUCCCCACAAACAGGAAGGCCUGGCUUUAUCCAGUUUUGCCCGAAGAAUGGUAUCAACUUCGGAAGACCUUUCUUGUUAGCCUUUAAGGCGACAACUUUUUAA